CCUUCCCCCACACUCUCCCUCCGAUAUAAAUAUAGACAUCUACUUCGGUAGGUUGCAACAGUUCGAGAGGGUCCCUUGGAAAGUAAUUGUGUUUGGGAGGGUGCUCUGUCUGCCUUCAAUUCCAUAUGUUGUUUUUGUCAAUCAUUAUCCUCUCGUUCGCAUUCCACCCCAUGUUCCACUGAGGCUGUCCCCCCACAUCAUAUGGCAUUGGCAUGCACGAAGAGUCAUGCACAACUCCGAUCCGCACAACAAUAACCACCACCACCACCACCACCACCACCACCUAGUAGGCCCUAGGAUCUCCUUCUCCAAUGACUUCGUUGAGUCGCAGUGCGCGGCGAGGCAGGAGCGGAGGUCUGCCGCCGCUGGCGAGGCCCCGGCCUCGUCCGACUUCGAAUUCUCCGUCUCGAGCUACUCGAUGAUGAGCGCCGACGAGCUCUUCAGCAAGGGCAAGCUUCUGCCGUUCAAGGAGAAACCAACCGCGGGGAAGGGCACCACCACACUGAGGGAAGAGCUCCUCGCGGGCGAUGACGACAGUGGCUGCAGCGCAUCCCGUAGGCCUCCAAAGGGGUCAGGGAGAUGGAAGGGGUUCUUGGGUUUGAGGAAGAGCCACAUCGGGUCCAGGAAAGCUGAUAAGUCGUGCGAGGCUUCUUGCGAUGGUAGUAAGAGGACUGCUGGUUUCGGAGUAGUUCCUGAUAGCAUGCAUUAUCACGGCAAGACUUCACAGGAAAUGACGAGCGAGGGAGGGUCGAAUGGUUGCAUGGACGAGGAGAUGGAGAUGUAGCUUAAAGUAGGGAAAUUCGCUUGAAGUUUCUUGAAUUUGUAGAGCAACGAGGGGAGGAUUGGAUUCUUGCUAAAUUUUUUUCUUUUAUAUUUCCUUCUUUUUUUUUUCUUUUUUUUUUUUUUUUGGCGGAUGAACAUUACGGGUGGUCACAUCCAAGAUUUAGAGACAAACAGACUUGUGUGUUCAGUGGGGUUGGUUUCCGUUUCAGCUGCUUCUAGUCGAAUCUUGAUAUUAUGUUGUCCUUUUCUUGGCAUCUUGCUGUUUUCUUAUUUCUGCUUCGGUCUGGCUGUUCUUUGUAUAAUAUUAUCUUAUAGUUUGGAGGUCUUGACCCGUCUUUA